UGUAUGGGGGUGGAUCGGAAAGAUAUAUAAAGCCGGGGUCCGUCGGCUAGAUCUUUCCAUUGCUCAUCUUCGACGAUGUGGCUGCGCGUAACGAUUGCUCUUUUGCUCGCCUGCGUGGCGGUGGUUUUGGCCCAGGGCGAUGGACGCUAUCGUCCUCCGCCGACGCGGGCGAGUUCCGGCGAUGGAAGGUACCAGCCUGGCAACGAUGGUCGCUAUACGGGCGGAAACGAUGGACGCUAUCGCGGCGGAAACGAUGGCAGAUACACUGGCGGCAACGACGGACGGUAUGUCCACACGGACAACAAAUACAAGCACGACGAUCGUCCUGGUGGAGCUUACACUGGCGAUAGCAACCGCUAUAUUGGCGAUAAAAACAAAGGAGGAGGAGGUGGCGGUGGCGGUGGUUCCGGGGCAGGAGGCGGUGGUGCCCCCAACGCAGUGACGAGAGUGACAGCCCGACCCCAGCCACGACCCACCACUGCGGCACCACCAGCGAUCCAAGAUCCCACGGCCAAUUUGCCCAAGGGACGUGGCACUGGCGAGGGUGGCAAUGGAUGGGCCAUCAUCCGCCAGGAGGACGACGUGGAAGUGGAUGGCUAUCACUAUCUUUGGGAAACGGAGAAUGGAAUCCUGGGCGAGGAGAGUGGUCGCAUCGAGAAACUGACCGAGGAGGAUGGCCUUCGCUCCAAGGGUUUCUACGAGUACACAGGACCCGAUGGAAUCCUCUACCGGGUGGACUACGUGGCGGAUGACAAUGGCUUUGUGCCCAGUGCCGCCCACCUGCCAACUGCUCCCCCGGCUCCUCCCUAUGUGGCCAAGUUGUUGGAGUUCCUCGAAGCAAAUGCCAAGCCAAGGAAAUAAAUGUCAAAUGUUGAAUGUGAAUAAACUGUUGUGCCAUUAGAA